ACUCGGACUCUUUCAGGAGCCGGACCGCUUCCGGUCCUGUGGCAGGUCAAAAUGCUGUCUGUGAGGUUGCUGCAGCGGCUGGAGUCCGUUUUAUCUCAGCAUGGAAACACAAGUUUAAGAAGUUUCACUUCACAUGUUGUCCAGCGGAGAGAGGACAUGAUCGUUAACAUGGAGAAUCCGUACAAAGAGCCGCAGAAAGGAUGUGUCCUCUGCAACGUCCAGGUGGAUUACAAAAACAUUCAGCUGCUGUCCCAGUUCAUCUCUCCACACACAGGCAGGAUCUAUGGCCGACACAUCACAGGCCUGUGUGGAAGGAAACAAAAGGAAGUCUCCAAAGCUAUAAAGAAAGCUCACUCCAUGGGUUUCAUGUCGGUGACCCACAAGCACCCACAGUUCAUGAGGGACCCCCACAUCUGUGGCAUCAAACCUCUGGAUUAGUGGAUCAGUGUGUUUUCUCCUGUGUUUAAUCUGUGAUCAUUUGUUAAUUAAAUCCUGUCAGUUCUGAACUCUUA